AUGCCCUCCCUACUCAACUUCGCCGACGAGAUCAAGCUCGACCACGAUAAUGUGCGGGACUUGAUGCAACGAUUCAAAGCUGCCACCGCACAAGACGAGAAGGCGGCCAUCGCCAACACCAUGAUCAGGGAGAUGGCGAUCCACAGUGAUGCCGAGGAGAUCUCCAUCUAUAACGAGAUGGGCAAGCACGGCAUGGCCGACGUCGCGAAGCACAAUCGCGAGGAGCACGCUUCGGUGAAGAAGCUCGUCUAUAGCGCGGACACGACGCCCAUCACGUCGGAUAACUAUGACCAGGUGCUCGAACGCGCAUUCGUCGCGUUCAACACGCACGCUGAAGAGGAGGAGCGUGACGAGUGGCCUGCGCUCCUCGCCAAGCUCAGUUCCGAAGAGAUCGACGCGUAUGCACGCGAGUUCCUUAAGGCGCGCGCGAAAGCACCUCCGCGCCCGCACCCGAUGGCGCCACAAACGGGUGGCAUCGCGCAAAAGGCGGCGGCGUUGCAAGCAACCUUGCAUGACAAAGUUGUCGAGACGUUGACGAGCCGCGAGUUCGUGGACCUCAAGUACAAGCACCCCGAGAUUUGA